AGGGACUGGCACGCUUCACAACACACAACACCACCUGGCCGCCGACCUGCUCUCCCGGCUUCUUCCACCGGCUUGCCAUCCCAUCGAGGCCGAUAGGGGCUGUCUCUUGCGUUUGGCGAACUAUGUCUCCCACGCGCUGAGCGCCUUUUAGUAUUGCUGCAUGCAGACGCGCGCGCAGUCAUGUCGUCCGGCACAGCGCCCAGCCUGCCCCAUCGGACUAUAUCGACCAUCCGCGCUGGCGGCCAGUCGACCACCCACGGACUGCCCACCACUCCCCAUACGCCCACGCGAACCGUGGUCCCCUCGGCCUUCGGCUCGCCCUCGACCUUGCGCGCUGAUGACGAGGUCAUCGUCAUCGAGCUGGGUUCCCGCAGACUGCGUCUCGGCUUCGCUGGCGAUCCCGCGCCCAAGAGGAUCGUGUCCUUUUGCCCCGAGCAGCAGAGGCGUGCUGGCGACUUCCGGGACUGGGACGUCGGCUACCAGAAUGAGUGGCGCAAGAGAGCGGCCGGCAAGCCGUGGGGGAGCGACCACGAGCUGUGGCAGCUAGAUGUGAGGGGCCAGGACCUUGCUCUGGUCGGCGAUAAGCUGGAGCGUGAGCUCAGAGACGCCUUUACCAAGUAUCUACUCAUCGACUCGCGCCCGAGGCGGGUGACCCUAGUCCUCCCCCCGACCAUACCCAUACCGCUCAUCUCCUCCGUUCUAGACACGCUCUUCAACCGCUUUCAGGCCCCCUCGGUGUCUCUCCUCUCGUCGCCCGUUAUGGCAGCUAUGGCUGCAGGUAUGCGAGCGGCCCUAGUUAUCGACCUGGGCUGGCACGAGACAACCGUUACUGCGGUCUACGAGUUCCGCGAGGUGCAGACUUGGAGGACGAUCCGGGCCGGCAAGUUGUUGGUCGAGGAGACGUACGAGUUUCUAACGAAUGCUAUCGAUGGGCGGCCGACCGCCGGCCGCGGCGAACGUACCGAGGACAAAUUGGACAGCAGCGCGCUGAGCUUCGAGGAAUGCGAAGACUUCGCGACGCGCAUGCUGUGGUGCAAGAGGACCUCGAGGGAGCCGAUACAGCAACCGGUCGAGGGUCUGCCUACGUUGCACGAACAGGAUGAGUCCGAGACGACAGCGCCGCCUGAAGAUGGCUCGCUUACGAAGAUAACCCUCACCUCUUGCAUCCCGCCCAAGACGGUGGAAAUACCGUUUGCCGAGCUGGCUGAACCGUGCGAGGCCGUGUUCUUCGAAACCCGCCUGUCGCCGAGCUGCUUCGACGACCACGAGAUCCCGGUACAUCUGUUAGCCUACCGGGCGCUGCUGCAGCUGCCGUUGGAUGUUCGCGCAGUCUGCAUGUCGCGUAUCAUCUUCACCGGCGGCUGCUCGAAUAUCAUCGGGCUGAGAGGGCGGAUCUUUGACGAGGUCUCGCUCCUGGCUAAGGAGCGGGGCUGGGACCCGGUCCGAGGCAAGGGGGCCGACCAGUAUAAAGCGAACCCGAAAUUACGGCGGAACAGCAGCAGACAGUCUAGCGAAGGGCCGGUCCCCGUCCCUGCGGCUCCGGAUGUCCCGGCAACGGUUCCCGCUGAGAAUAGUAGUAGCAGCAACGCAGAGGGGGGUGAGGCGGCGGCGGCGGUCAACCCGGCGCAUGCGCCUCCCGAAGCGGAUCACGUCGAGGAAUUGAUCAAGAAGGACAAGAACUACAAGCCACUGGUGCAGGGCGCGCUCCGCGUACUAGAUUCGCUGGGUCCGUGGUGCGGAGCUAGCCUGGCGGCGCAGCUCAAGAUCCCGGCACUAGCGACGGUCGACCGCGAGCUCUGGCUGCACCAGGGCGUCCACGGGGCGUGCCGACCCAGCGAGGUGGAUGUCAAGGCGCAGCAGAGGCAGAGCGUGGGCGGCGGGAGCCUGAUCCGAGGCCAGGGAUCACAAGCCAUCGUCAACUGGACCCUGGGCGUGUGGGGUACGCUCUAGACGGACCUAGAUAAGGUGACGGACGGGUCGAGCAAGGGCGAACACCGGCGAUGCUCCGAGUUUUGGUCGUAGAGAGAUACCCGUUCAGACACUACACGCGCCACUGGCGCCAGCUCCCGAGACUCCGCCGUGCUGUUGCCGUGCUGCCGUUUAUAUACCUAGGUAUGCCUUUGGAGGUUCUCCAUACUUCCGGCCGCCCUUUGUUGAAGCUAUUCCCAAGGGGUUUACGGAGUACCUGCACAGGCUUGAGGUGGGUUGCUCUGGUCUCAGGUGCUUGGGGGGUACCUGUGUCGGUAUCUAGGAGGUAGGGAGGUAAGAUACAUAAGGUACCUCUUGUUUACGUAGGACGUGGGUACGCGAGAUAUGUAGAUAUACAUGUGGUG